AAUGAUGCUCAAACAAAGACGCUAUUACAAUGUUUACCUGAAGUUGAAGAGGCAUCAAAGAAUAAAGACAAUUUAUCUAAAGAGUUCUGGCAAAGGGUCAGUGGAUUAAUAGCAACAAAAGGCGUUCAAAAAACGUGGAGUGAGUGCAAAGGAAAGAGGAAAUCCUUAAACCGCACAUACAAAACCAAUUUAGAUAAAAAGAACAAAACAGGAGAAGGUCCUGUUACUUGGAUUUACUUUGAUGAAAUGCAUAAUAUCAUGCAUAGAAAACCACAAAUUAAGCCAGUAGCAGUAGCUUCCAGUAUUUCUGGGUAUAAAGAACGCAUAGAAAAAGAGGUCGAAGAUGAAAGCAUUGAAGACGAUGAACCAAUUAGAAAAGGAUCGAAAAGGAAGAGAGAAAAGGAACCGCCAAUUUGGUGGCGCGAAGAAAUGACAAAAUCGGCAGAACGUUACGAGCGGCAAUAUGAAUUGCAAAAUAAAUUGGUGUCAUCUUUUGCGGAUUUUAUAAAUUUAAAAAAAAAAGUACGAAGAUAAAGAAAAAAAAAGUAAACAUGAUUUCCACACUUCAUAUCUGUCAUAAUAUAUCUUCUCUUAUUUUUUAUUCGAUGUAAUGAUUGACUUUUAUAGUCGUCUUUUUAUGUUGCUAAAAUUUUAUUCUUUAUUUUUUUUAAAUGAAUAAUUGAGGCUUCCUAUUGAAGAACCGGUCGGACGCUCGAGACGUAGUUUCUUAAAUCAAACAAUGCAUAAAAAUAUCAAUGACAUGUAAUGUCGAUAUUUUGAUUUUUAAAAAAUACUACUUUGUAGAAAAUACAUCAAAAUUUUGACUUUUAUAAUUUUAUUGUCAUUUUUAUGUCAUGACGGAUUUAAGAA